AAGGUUUUUACCUGUGUCGCACAAGAAAUGGCAAUAUGCGUCGAAUCCUGAAACUACCAACGCCCAAACAGGCGGCAAUCUUCUUUCUCUUGGUCGCGGCGUUCCUUGACCCAGCGAUCUACGCGGCGCAAGGUUUGACCGCGGACUCGGCGAUCCUGUUAACCUCGUCCACCUCGUCCUUGCGUUUCCACUCCUCCCUACCGCCCCGGCAGAAACGCACGGAUCGACCGGCACGCGUCCACCGAUCGUACGGCGAUCGCUUUCGCGAUGACGAUGAUGUCCAAGGCGAUAGAUUGGUCCCCAACGACGAAAUUUCUCGCCGAUUGAGUACAGAUCGACCCACGCUCUCUCGCACAGAAGUUGUGGGACCGCCCAUUGUACCGAGCAAACCCAAAAUUGUUGUACUGGGGGCAUCCGGAAAAGUGGGAAGACUCGUCGUCCAACAACUACUCGAAUCUAAUGUUGACAUGACUGUGGUGGCCUUUGUAAGAGACUACGAUAAGGCAUGUCGUGUAUUGUAUGAUGAUAUCCUGGUAGCCAAAAGAAGUAAAACCCGUCCGGGAGGAAAGGGGGAAUCACGGGGUCCCAACCUUCAAAUCGUGGAAGCCGAUUUGGUACCUCCGGAGGAACUUCCAGGGUACGAGGAUGAAGAGGAAACAUCUUGGAGAAAACGGGCAAAGUCGGCCGCCUCGUUCUACAGAAAUUCAAUGGAGAACUAUGACGAUCGCGAUCAAAUUUCGGAGGGUGUGCAAGUGAACGAAGCCUUGCAAGAAGCGGUGAAGGGAUGCACUGCUAUCAUAAGUUGUGUUGGAUCGGUGCGUCCAACGAAUCUGUGGACAGAUAUUUUGGAACGACCCAUACUACGCCUACUGCGCAAGGAUGUCAGUCGUUGGUGCAAGGAUGCCCGACACCCGUACUACGUCAAUUUCGCGAGCACGAGAAAGGCCCUAAACUACGCGGAGCGGGAACAGCUACGCAGGGAAGCCGCCUUGACCGUUAGUGAUAGCGAUGACACCCAAGCCUCUACAAAAGAAAAGGAGUCGGUACCACGCAUUCGAUUCAUUCGGAUUUCCGACUUAUGCUUAGCGUCACAGCCUUGGAGUUUUGUCCCGCUAGUGACCAACACGAUGCAUUCAAUGGUCUUUCGGUAUCAAGACAUGGCGGAGCGCUUAUUGGAGGCCAGCUCAUUGAUAGAGACAGUUGUGCUACGACCUGGAGAUUUGGUAGACGAAGAUCGCGACGUCCAGACAACUUCCUUACAAGUCUGUCCCAGUGGUCGACUCCCAUCACCAUCGAGAGUGGGCCGAGAUGACGUUGCUGCUUUGGCGGUGUCUGCAGCAUUGUUCGAUUCCAAAACCUCUUCCAAAGACGACAAAAGUUCUGAAGCAGGGGAGCAUGAAAUCGAGGAGCCCUUCCAUUACACGUUGGCGGUGCGGUGGGCUGGCGAAGAUCUUUCGCCUUUCCCGGCUCAGGGUCGAUUGAAAGACGGAAUGCCUGAUGCCAACUUGUGCCUACAAGAUGCGCUUCGGAAGCUGAGCAAAGACCGAGCGAAACCGAGUCUGCAGAGAACCAAACGGCGUGCAGCUUACCCAGAAACCGUUUUGAGAUUCGCGACAACGUUGCAAGCUUCACGCCGGAGCAAACCCUAUGGCGUCUGUGUAGCCGUACCACUCUAUUUGAUUUUGGCACUCUUUGCGCGUUCCCUAUUUCACUCUGUGGCAUCCUUCUUUCCGGGACAGCGAUGGAUACGGCCUGUAUUUACUCCAGUGUGGGAUUUCAUCGCGAUGAGCAUUGCGGCGGUGAUGGCUCGCGUUGGUGUGCUGUUCCAGGGCCGACUGCCAAGCUGGAAAUGGGUCAGCUGGCGGGCCAACCCCAAAUACAUUUCGUUUUGAAAAUACAUCAAUUUUUGCUACAUUUCAUCCUAUCUCUAUGGAAUUUCUGGCGUGCUAAUCUAUUCGUAACGGAAUUGUAGUGGUUGGC